AUGAAAAAUAAUGGUGAUAUUGAAAUUUUUGAAGAAGAACAAAUGUUUAAUAGUGAUGAAGAUGAUGAAGAAGAUUAUAAUGAUGAGGUAAUUCAAACCAAAUCAGUUCAAUUGAGGCUUCAAAAAGAAAAAGAAGAGGGAAAUAUAAAAAUGGAAAAAUUUAAAAAAAGAAAAAGAAAUCAAAUUUCUGAUAAAGAAGAUAUUAACGAUCUUGAUGAUGAAGAUAGUAACGAUGAUGAUGAUAAUAAUACUAAUGAUGAUGAUGAUGAAAAUCAAGAUAAACAAAAGGGAGAAGAAACAAUUAAAGGAUUUACAUCAUCAAAGGAUGUAUUGGGUGAUUUUUAUAAAAAAGUAUUAAGUGGUACUCCAAUUGGUCCAUCAACUUCCAAUAGUUUAAAUCUUGGAAUUCCAUCAAUUUACCAACCAUUUUCUACAAGUAGCUCAGCAAAUCACAAACCAUUCAGAUCGACAUCACUAUCAGUUUCAACAUUCACUCCAUUCAAAAAUGACCAACAAAAACCAUUUUUAUCCCCUCUAAAGUCAACCUUAAGUACUAGUUCAAAUACUCUUCCUUCAAUGACUUCAAAUUCUCCAGAAAUUAAUAAAUCCAUUGAUCCAAAAGAUAUUACUCAUAAAAGAAAUAGUACUGGUAAUAUUCCAAAUAAUUCAAACAAUAGUGGCUUGUCUAAUAUCAUAAAAAAUAAUAUUAGUAAUGAACAUAAUAUAAUUUCCAAUAAUAAUAACAAUACAUUCUUUGGACCAGUUACUUCAAAAUCUAAUUCACUAUUUGGUAAAAAUAAUAAUGAUAAUAGUAAUAAUAAUAAUAAUAAAAAUAAUAAUAAUGAUAAUAAUAAUGAUUUGGCUAAUAAUAAUAACAGUAAUAAUAAUAAUAGUAAUAUUAAUAAUAGUAAAAAUAUUAUCAAUAACAAUGGUAACAAUUUAACAAGUAGUAAUAAUAACAGUAAUAUCAAUAUAUCAGCUGGUUCAAAUAAUAGCACUAAAAAUACUUCAACCAGCAACAACAACAAUAAUAAUAAUAUUAAUAAUAAUAAUAGUAAUAAUAUUAAUAAUAAUAAUAAUAAUAAUAAUAAUAAUAAUAAUAAUAAUAAUAAUAAUAAUAAUAAUAAUAAUAAUAAUUUUGUUGGAAAUAAUUUGAGUGGAGGCAAUAAUAGUUUACCAAAUAGAGUUAAUCCAUUAUCAACUUCUCCUAUUGUUAAUUCUUCACCAAUUACCUCACCAAAUCAAUUAUCACCAAGACAUAAUCCAAUUCAAGCCCAAAAUAACAAUGUAAAUAAUAAUAAUAAUAAUAAUAAUAAUAAUAAUAAUAAUAAUAAUAAUAAUAAUAAUAAUAAUAAUAAUAAUAAUAAUAAUAAUAAUAAUAAUAAUAAUAAUAUCCAAAAUGGAAAUAGAAAUAGUUUUAGUGGUCAAAUUAGUAAUAAUAACAACAAUGGUAAUAAUUAUAAUAAUAAUAUUAAUAGUAGUAAUAUUGGUAAUAAUAAUGUUAAUGGUACUACUAAUAAUAAUAAUAUUAGUAAUAAUAUUAGUAAUAAUAAUAUUAAUAAUAAACCAAGCUCGCAACCAAUCAUCCAAAGAGUGCCAAAUACUCAAAAUAUAAAACAACAACCACUCCCAAAUAUUCAUCAGAUUCAAAUUCAGAUUCCACAAUCCCAAGUUCAACAAGCACCACAACAAGUACCACAACAAGCGCCACAACAACAGCAAGCUCAACAACAGCAAGCUCAACAACAACUACUACAGCCACAACCACAGCAAAAUAGAAUUAGCCCACAACCACAACAACCUCAACAACAAAAUAGAAUUAGCCCGCAACCACAACAAACUCAACAGGCUCAACAGCAACAACAACCUCAACAACAAGCUCAACAAGCUCAACAACAAUCACAACAUCAAUCUCAACCACAGCAAAAUAGAAUUAGCCCACAACCACAACAACCACAAACAAAUAGAAUUAGCCCACAACCACAACACCAACCAACUCAAAUAAAUGUUCAAAAAAGAAGUAUCCCUCAACUAGAUGGAAUUAAUAUCGAUUUGGAUGGGAAACUCAUACCAAUACUUCAAAGUGUACCAAAAGAACAAAUACGUCAACUCCAAGAACAAUUUGUUCAAAUGCAACAACAACAACUACAACAACAACAACAACAACAACAGCAAUUACUGCUACAACAACAACAACAACAACAACAACAACAACAACAACAACAACAACAACAACAACAACAACAACAACAACAACAACAACAACAACAACAACAACAACAACAACAGCAACAACAACAACAACAAAGACCAAACCAAAGCCAACAAUACCCACAACAAAAUAAUAUUCAAAGUCAACCACAACAAAAGGGUUUGACACCGCCUCUAAAGAAAGUUCACACCUCUAAUGAACAAGAUGAUGUUGUUGAAUUAAUUACUGAGGAUAGUAAAUUUUCACCAAUUUCUCCAAAUUCAUCUAAUAAUAUGGGAAGAAAUAUCGAAGAAAAUGUUAAUGGUAAUUUUAUUGUUAAUGGACACAAUAAUAGAGGAAGAAAAAGUGGACCAAUUAACAUAAAUAACAAUAUUAAUAAUAACAAUAUUAACAUGAAUAAUAAUAAUAAUAAUAAUAAUAAUAGUAAUAGUAGUAGUAGUAGUAAUAGUAAUAAUAAUAUUAGCAGUAAUAGUAAUAAUAAUAUUAGUAAUAAUAAUAACAAUAUGAAUAUGAACAACAAUAAUGUUAUGAACAAUAGUGGAAGAUUCAGUAACAACAAUGGCAAUAAUAUAAAUAUCCAGGGUAAUGGUUUUAAUAGCAAUAAUAAUAAUAAUAAUAGUAGUAAUAAUAAUAAUAAUAACAAUAAUAAUAUUAGUAUGAAUAAAAAUAAUAUGGCAAAUACACCAUUGGUUAUCAAAUCACCAAAUAAUAGCGGAAACAAUCAAAACAAUUACAUUAACAACGGAAACAAUGGUAACAACAAUGCCAACUAUAACAACAAUAAUAAUAAUAAUAAUAAUAAUAAUAAUAAUAAUAAUAAUAAUAAUAAUAAUAAUAAUAAUAGCAACAAUUACAACUACCACCAAAAUAAUAAUCAAAAUAUUCAAAAUAAUAAUAAUAAUAAAAAUAUUAAUAAUAACAAUCAAAACAUCAGCAAUAAUAGCAGUAAUAAUAUUAGCAACCAAAAUAUCAAUACUGACAAAAACCGUAUUAAUAUUUCGGUUCCUAAUCAACCACUCUCGGAACAUCAACAAAAAAUAUUACUCAUACAGGCACAUCAAGCACAACAAAUUAUUAAAAAUGAACAUACUAGACAACAGCAGCAAUUUUUACAACAACAAAUAGAAAAUAAAAACCAAUCACAACAACAAGUAACUAAAAACCAUCAACAACAUCUUCAAUUAUUAAUACAACAACAUCAGAAUCAAAAUCCAAAUCCAAAUCAAAUCCAAAUCCAAAAUCCAAAUUCAAAUCAAAUAAAUCAACAACUAAUCCAGCAAUAUCAACAACAACAACAACAUCUUCUACAACAACAACACCUUCUACAACAACAACAGCAACAACAACAAAACCAACCACCACAACAACAACAACAACCACAACAACAAAACCAACCACAACAACAAAAAAUGCAACAAUUACAACCAAACCAACAACCAACUGUAAUUCAAUUACCUUUACCAUCUCAAAACUACCAAAGAAACUCAAACCAAAACUCAAACCAAAAUCCAAACCAAAAUCCAAACCAAAAUCCAAACCAAAAUCCAAACCAAAAUCCAAACCAAUAUCCAAACCAAUAUCAAAAUAAUCCUCAAUCCACCCAUCAACUACAAAAAAGCCAACCUACAAAUAAUAAUAGCAACAACGUGAAUAAUGCCAAUAAUAUGAACAAUAACAAUAAUAUGAAUAAUAACAAUAAUAUGAAUAAUAUCAAUAAUAACAAUAUAAAUCAUAAUAAUAAUAAUUUUAACAAUAAUAACAACAAUAACAGUAAUAAUAAUAAUAAUAAUAAUAAUAAUAAUAAAAUGAAUGGUGGCUAUAAUAAUUACUCAAAUUAUCAAAAUAAUAAUAGUAAUAAUAACAACAUGAAUAAUAAUAAUAAUAAUAAUAAUAAUAAUAAUAAUAAUAAUAAUAAUAAUAAUAAUAAUAUGAAUAAUGGUUUUAAUAAUAAUAAUAAUUUUAAUAAUAAUAAUUUUAAUAAUAAUAAAAAUAAUAUUAUUAAUAACAAUAAUAAUAAUAUUAGAAACAGUGGUGAUGGACCAUAUUAUAAUUCAACAAAUACAGUAAAUAAUAAUAAUAUAAGAAUGGAAGUAAAGAGUAAUAAUGAAGAUAAUCCAGUUUCAUCUAAACCAGUAAUGAUUGGAGAUACAAGUUUUACAUUAACAUUAAUUAAUGAUUUUGUUAGACCAUUUCCUGAACAAGUUAUUGCAUUAAAAGAGACAACAUUCUAUUUGAGAAUUAAUGUUAGUGGAGGAGCAGCAAAUUCAGUAAUCAAUCAAGAUACAUUAAAGAGAUUAUCUGGUAAAGCGGUUGUAAAAGGUACACAUGAAGAUAUAACAGCAACCUCACCAAAUGAUUCAUUUAAACUUCAUCAAGAUGUUAAAUCUGAACAAGGUGUUCUCCAAUUUGAUGUUAAAAUUAGAAAUCAAGGUGUAAAUACUCCAUCCCAUUUGGUGUUGAUAUUUCAUUUAAUUGAUCAUGGUUCCAUUGUUCAUUCGAUUGAAUCUAAAAGGAUUUCAUUUUUUACCCGUUCAAAAUAUGCACCCUAUUUACCAAUCUUUUAUAUAAUGCAAUCAAAAAAUUGUUUUUUACCACUCUCAAGAUCAUUGUACAGAAAUAAUACAGAAUCAAAUACUAAUACCAAUAAUAGUAGUAGUAGUAAUAAUAAUAGUAAUAAUAAUAAUAAUAAUAAUACUUAUGGUGGUGGUAGUAGUGGAAGUGAUAAUUCAUCACCAUCAACGCCAUCUUCACCUACAAUUAUUGAUAAUGAUGAUGAAACUUCAACAACAACAGCAAUAGUUGUUAGUGAAGGUAGUAGUAGUAAAGAAAAAGUUGCAGAUCAACAAAAUCCAUCAAAUUCUUCAUUAUCAGAGGAUCAAUUAAGAACAAAUAGAGAUGAUAUAUUGAGAUUAAAUUUGAAGACCAUUCAAAAAUUAGUACGUGUUUAUAAAGGUGAUUAUAAUGUAAAUAUUGAAAUACCAUCAAGUAAAAAAGGUGGAUUAUGUGAAGAACUCAUUCAAAAUCAUUCCGAAGCAUUAUUACGUUACCAUUAUUAUAAUAUAAUGGAUGAAAUUAGGUCACAGGGAGAUGUGGAUGUUAAAGAUCCUGUUACAAUCACUCAAAACCCUUCCGAUGCUCAAGAUGGUACUGGUCUUUUAAUUUUUAGUAAAGAUUUCAAUUUGGAAUUGAAAUAUUUGAAUAUUUAUUUCAUAGAUUUAUCAACAAAUAGAAUAUUGUUAGUCUUUAAACAUGGUUAUGAUGGUCCUGAUAAAAGUAAGAAUAUAUUACGUGUUUUAGAUUAUCAAGGUAAUAUUUCCUCUUGUAUAGUUAAAAUUCAAUUACCUUAUAUAAAAUCUUUAUUCUCUCAAGAUCCAAAUGGUCCUCCUGUAGUUUAUAAUUUAAUUGCUUUUACAACUCAUCAUGAUAUUGGUGUUGAAGGUGAAAUUUGGAAUAAACCUGAUGAAUAUUCUUUAGAUCAAGGGAGAGCUAAAAAAGUUGUAAGAUUUGCUCAAGAUGGUUAUAGAUUCACAUUAAUUUCAAAAUAA